GCGCCUCUGCCUCCUUCCUGCUUGGCCACUCACCCAAAGAUAACACUUAUCAUGGGCUACAACGCCAGAAUUGCUGCCAACCCAUAUGUGGUCGGCUCUUUUGCGUGUAUAGGCGGUGGCCUUUUUGGGUUGGACAUCUCGUCUAUGUCUGGUGUGCUCAACAACGAUGCCUACCUGAAAACUUUCAGCUCACCCGGUCCUAAUGCUCAAGGUGCAAUCGUUGCCGCCAUGCCUGCGGGUUCGUUUGUAGGCGCGCUCGCCGUCAGUGCUCUUGCCGAUAAAUUCGGUCGCAAAAAGACUGUCAUCCUUUCUGGUAUCAUCUGGGUCAUCGGCGCGAUUUUGCAGUGCGCUUCAAUCAACCGAGGUAUGCUAGUCGUUGGUCGUAUCAUAUCUGGUAUCUCUGUCGGUCUUGCGUCCGCUGUCGUUCCUGUCUAUCAGUCAGAGAUUACGGCUCCUCAUAUUAGGGGACGUCUCGUCGCCAUGCAGCAAUGGUCCAUCACUUGGGGCAUCCUCAUUCAAUACUUCAUCCAGUUUGGCUGUUCCUAUAUCAACGGUGUCGCCUCGUUCCGAAUCCCGUGGGGUCUCCAAAUGAUACCAGCCAUCAUCCUCUCUACGGGCAUGCUGGCGUUCCCCGAGUCUCCUCGAUGGCUCGUUGAUCACAACAGGGAGGAUGAAGCACUCCAGAUCCUCGCGGAUCUUCAUGGUGGAGGUGAUCCUAAUAAUGCACUCGUGCAGCUCGAGUUUGAGGAGAUCAAACAACAGGUCUACUUUGAGCGUACCGAGGGCGCCAAGUCUUACUUGGAUCUUUUCAAGCCUGGAAUUUUCCGUCGUGUCGGGCUCGGCGCAUCGCUCCAGAUGUGGUCCCAGUUAUCUGGCAUGAACAUUAUGAUGUACUAUAUCGUCUAUGUGUUCCAAGGCGCUGGCCUAACAGGUCGUCGUGGGAACCUGAUCGCCGAUUCUGUUCAAUAUGUUCUAAAUGUUGCCUUCACUGUACCCGCCAUUCUCUACAUCGAUCGCUGGGGUCGCCGCCCUAUGCUUCUCGCAGGCACCCUGUUCAUGGGAUUUUGGCUGAUGCUUGUUGGCGGUCUGCAAGGUAGAUACGGACACUGGGGUACAGUCGGCACCGAUCGUGUUUGGGUCAUUGAUGGACAUGACGGUGUCACGAAGGGUAUCAUCGUCUGCUCUUACUUCUUUGUAUGCAGCUUUGCAAUCACUAUGGGUCCAGUGUCUUGGACUUACCCGGCUGAAAUAUUUCCGAUGCGUGUGCGUGCGAAGGCUGUAUCGUUAUCCACUGCGGCCAACUGGCUGUUCAACUUUGCGCUCGCAUGGGCAGUCCCACCCGGUUUAAGCUCCAUCGCAUACAAGACGUACUUCAUAUUCGGUACCUUCAACUUUUCAGCCUUCAUCCAUAUCUUGUUCUGCUUCCCCGAGACGGCAGGUCGGACACUGGAGGAGAUCGAGGCCGUGUUCGAACAAGGCCAUAUCUUCACCGCGUGGAAGGUCAAGAAGGAUGUGGGGAGAAGGACGCUUGAGGAUGUCGUUUCUCAUCACAAAGAUGUAGUGCACAAUGAUGCAGACGAGAAAAUUGUUUAAGAUUGUAUGACCCCGUUUGAUCACUUCAUUUUUUGUUGAGUUUCGAGAUCGAAUACUGUGUAUGCCCCUUGCUCAUUACUUUAUUGCUGUUCCUGCGUUUCAUCAUUUGUAGUAUUCGAGCUCAUGAAGUAAGCAACUUUCACAUCGUCUCAGU